UGCUGAGAGCCAUGUUGGAUGUGAAUGAGAGGCAGGGAUGCUGCGCCCGUGACGCUCACGCACCGAGUUCAUCCGAACACCGAGAGUAAAUGCAAGCUUCCCGGGAUUACCGAGAGACCGGGGAGUACGGCGGAAGGAGACGGGCGCGGGCGGCGGUGCUGGCAACCUAGCCAGCCUUGGGAGAGGGAGAGACAGAAAGAGAAAAGCUCUCGACCAGAGAGGAGAGUGUGUGUGUGUAAGAGAGACAGAGAGAGGGGGAGAGAGGGGGAGAGAAAGGAUCUCACCAGACUAAUGGCUGCACUGCUGCUGGGCUCCAGCUCGCUCGCGCCACCGCUGCUGCUCUACCUACUCUUCUGCUCUUUGUUUGCCGUCGUCCCGGGGAGGGAAGCGGGCCUGCGUGCCCCCCAACCCCUCGGUCAUGUCAGCAGAGCCAGUCCUCCCCGGGAAACGGGGAAAUUGAAUUGGGGCGGUCAGGAGAUCCGCCCUGAAUGGAGGUUGCCGUCAUCCAAAUGCCAGAUUAGCGGCCCGUGUUCUCUGUUUCGAGCUCAUGAGAUCUGCCCAGGCUCCUCAUCACUGGAAAAUUGGAAUGCUACCACAUACACUUCAGAACCAAGCCGUCUGACCGGCGCCGUCCGUCUCCACUUGGGUAGGAGAUGCUGCCACGACGACUGGGGCGUUGCUUCCCCUAUUCCCUUCUUCCCGGUGCCUGAAGGAAAGCUAAUGUGUGUACAAAGGACUCGUGCGCGAUUGUGGUGGACACCUGGUCUACUGGACUGCACAGGAAGGGUCUCGGCGCCGGGGGCAAUAGAAAGCGAGGUGUGUGUGUUGUGGCUCGAUAACCAACAAGGUACAAGACAGCGAAAUGGGCCUCGAUGCCACCUCUUCUUGGCUCGCGCACACAAGGCGAUUGCCGUCCAGGGACCCACUCACCCGUUCUCAAAGGUCUAUUCAAAUUCUAAUGAGGGUAACGAUGUUUUCAACAGCUAUAAAUUGGACAAAGGACCCGAUGGCUUUUUGUUUUUCUGCCACUACCGUGUUAUCGAUUACAGCACAGAGGGACGGACUCGCAUCACCCUUGUGGCCGUGGGGAAUAUGCGUGGCAGCGCAGAGUGCGAAUCCAACCUAAAACACCUUUCGGCGCAGGUUACCGGCAGCAGCAACAACUGUUCCGUAUCCCCCUGGAUUGGUCUCGGCAGUGUCUCGCGCACAGGUUGCUCACAGCGGUCACCAAACGAAUAUAGGCAACGUUCCCGCACCGAUGUCCUGAACCGAUGGGGGCCAUACUUUCAACAUAAAAUACAAGAGAAGAAAAGUGUCCAAGCAUAUCACACAGUGAGUCUGAAUGUAACGCCAUCAGAAAGAAGUUUACAGAGAAAUUCUCUACCAUUCGCGCGUGUUCUUUUCCCAGAAAAUCUUCGGGAAAAGUCUUCAUGGAACGGUUUUCGGGAGUCCCGUCUAGAGGGUCCCGUGGGAUCUGUGUCACCAAGUGAUUCUGACAACCGAAUCUCUCCCGCCGUGAGAAUAAACGGCAGCCACUGCCGUUCGCGGAAAUCAUCUGAUGAGCGCGUCGCCAAUUACCAUAUCACAGCGGAAACGAUUCCAGCUAAAUCAAUCUCAUCGCUGCUUCUUGCGCACCACAAUGACUCACGCACUACAAAUCACGCAGAGUCCCAGCUCCAUAUCUCCACCGUGCUGAACCUCACAACACGGGGAUAUGAGUCACACGCCGCUCGAGCCUCGCCGAGUGUCAGUCCUUGGGGAGCUGAGGAGGCAUCAGCACCACGCGCUCAAUGGACAGCUCCCGAAGUUUACACGCCUCCGAAAACACCGGGCACACUCCCUUCAGAUCACUCCUAUCAUGUUACUAGUGUAUAUUUAAGGAAUACAAACAGCAACAACAACAAUAAUAAUCAUAACAACGACAACAACAACGAGGUCUAUGGAGAUGAAAAUUCAAUUAUUCAGAUGAGUGGCGAGAGUUCUGAUGCCGACUUGACUCGCAAGACGUCUCAACCUGGCGCGUGCGCACCCUCCCCUGAGGGACCUGCGCCGUUAGAGGAUGCCCAGUUUGCAACGUCUUCUGACAGUAGCGCCUGUUCUGACAGACUGGAUGCCGACGGGGGAGCCACACGCUCGCAAUUAAAUUCCGGUAAACGGGUGUCAUUAUCCGAGGUAGGUGUCAGUCAGCCAAGGAUGCAGCUGGGGGUCGAGGCCAAGGAGCAGGGGAAGGAGGGAGAGGGAGAGAGAGAGGAGGGGGGCUGGGCCAAGGGUGAUAGACAGGCCACAGAGGAAAUGAGGGAGGAAGACAAGGAGUGGGCCACUGAGGGAGACACAAAGAGAGACAGGGAACGGGCAGCCAUCCUUUCACAAAGAAACAGAGAGAUCGGUCAAGCAGAGAGAGGUAGAGAGGUGGAGGAAGAGAGGGGAGGAAUGGAGAGGGAGAACAAAGAGUGGCAAAGAGCUGAGGACACACAGGAGGAGUGGGAUGAAAUGAGAGACAGCGGAGAGGAAGAGUGGGAGGAGGAGAGUCAGCUGGAGGAUGAGCACAGUCCAGCAGGGACAGAGGUCCAGGAGAGCGAGCAAGAGCAGGACGCAGAAGAGUACGAAGAGCUGCCACAGGUAGGCCGCUCACGCCGCGCGGCUAACCGCAACCCCCACUUCUCCCAGUACAACUACCAGGUGCAGGUGCCCGAGAACCAGCCACCGGGCACCUCAGUGAUGCUCAUGAGUGCGGAUGACCCCGACGGGGGCGAGGCGGGCAGAGUGACCUACAGCAUAGCUCCGCUGAUGAAUAGCCGCUCCAUGGACUACUUCCAUAUCGACCCCGUCACUGGCCUGCUCGCCACCUCACACAUCUUGGACCGUGAGCACAUGGACCUGCACUAUUUCCGCGUGACGGCCACUGACCACGGCUCCCCGCGCCUCUCUGGUACCACCAUGGUGGCCAUCACGGUGGCAGACCGUAAUGACCACCCGCCUGUGUUUGAGCAGACAGAGUACAGGGAGACCAUUAGGGAGAACGUGGAGGAAGGAUACCCGAUCCUGCAGCUGCGUGCGACUGACCUCGACUCCCCCUCGAACGCCAACAUCCGCUAUCGCUUUGUGGGGGCGCCCUGGCGCUGCGGGGCCGAGGUGGGACCCCCGGGCCUCAUCUUACCAGCUGGCGGCGUGGUGGACCGAGAAUAACGGCGCUACACGCUCACGGUGGAGGCCAGCGACCAGGGCCGCGAGCCGGCCCCGCGCUCGGCCACCGUCAACGUCUACAUCAACGUGCUGGAUGAGAACGACAACGUGCCGCAGUUCAGCAAGAAGCGCUAUGUGGUGCCCGUGCGUGAGGACGUGCGUCCGCACACCGAGAUCCUGCGCGUGAGCGCCUCCGACGAGGACAAGGACGCCAACGCCGCCGUCCACUACAACAUCAUCAGCGGCAACAGCCGCGGGCAGUUCGCCAUCGACAGCGUGACCGGGGAGGUGCAGGUGGUGGCGGCACUGGACUACGAGGUCGAGCGCGAAUACACGCUGAGAGUGCGCGCUCAGGACAACGGCCGGCCGCCGCUCUCCAACAACACGGGCAUCGUCAGCGUGCAGGUGAUCGACGUCAACGACAACCCGCCCAUCUUCGUGUCCACGCCGUUCCAGGCCACGGUCCUGGAGAGCGCCCCCGUCGGACACUCCAUCCUGCACAUCCAGGCCAUCGACACCGACUCCGGGGACAACGCCCGCCUGGAGUACCGGCUCACAGGCACGGGCAGCGACACGCCCUUCCUCAUCAACCCGGCCACGGGCUGGGUGACGGUCAGCUCCGAGCUGGACCGCGAGUCCGUGGAGCACUACUUCUUCGGCGUGGAGGCCCGCGACUACGGGGCGCCCCCGCUCUCCGCCACGGCCAGCGUGACCAUCACCGUCAUGGACGUCAACGACAACCGGCCGGAGUUCCUGCAGCGCGAGUACCACGUGCGUCUGAAUGAGGACGCCGUGGUGAGCACCAGCGUGGUCAGCGUGACGGCCGUGGACCGCGACGUCAACAGCGCGGUCACCUACCAGAUCACCGGCUUAACCACGCCAAGAACCGCCUCCAUCAGCACGGUGCGGGCUGUCACCUGGCUGCCGCUCGACUACAAGCAGGAGCGCCGCUACGUGCUGACCGUUACCGCCUCUGACCGCACCCUCCACGACACCUGCCAGGUGCACGUGAACAUCACCGACGCCAACACUCACCGGCCGGUGUUCCAGAGCGCCCACUACUCGGUCAGCAUCAACGAGGACCGGCCGGCCGGCAGCACUGUGGUGGUCAUCAGUGCCACUGACGAGGACGUCGGGGAGAACUCACGCAUCACCUACUUCCUGGAGGAUAAUAUCCCACAGUUCCGCAUUGACCCCUCCAGCGGGGCCAUCACUCUGCAGGCAGAGCUGGACUAUGAAGACCAGAUGACCUACACCCUGGCCAUCACUGCCCGAGACAAUGGCAUCCCACAGAAGUCUGACACCACCUAUGUGGAGGUAAACGUAAAUGACGUGAAUGACAACGCCCCGCAGUUCCUGAGUCCGCGUUACCAAGGCGGGGUCAGUGAGGACGCCCCGAGCUUCACCAGCGUCCUGCAGAUCUCCGCCACUGACCGGGACGCGCACGCCAACGGCCGAGUGCAGUACACCUUCCAGAACGGCGAAGACGGCGACGGAGACUUCACCAUCGAGCCCACGUCGGGUAUCGUGCGGACCAUGCGGCGGCUGGACCGCGAGAGUGUGCCCUUCUUAUUUAGCUCACGGCGUGACGCGGUGGGACUGGCGUGCCCGCAGCGGCGCCCGAUCCACAUCAGGUCAAGCGUGACGGACGUCAAGCGAUUAACGCCCAUCUUCCCGGCGGACGACUUCGAGGUGCUGGUGAAGGAGAACAGCGCCGUGGGCAGCGUGGUGGCCCAGAUCACCGCCACUGACCCCGACGAGGGCGCCAACGCCCAGAUCAUGUACCAGAUCGUGGAGGGCAACAUUCCCGAGAUCUUCCAGAUGGACAUCUUCUCCGGGGAGCUGACCUCGCUCAUCGACCUGGACUACGAGGUGCGGAACGAAUAUGUGAUCGUGGUGCAGGCCACCUCGGCGCCUCUGGUCAGCCGCGCCACCGUCCGCAUCCACCUGGUCGACCAGAACGACAACAAGCCCACGCUGCAGCCCUUUCAGAUCAUCUUCAACAACUUCGUGUCCAACCGCUCCAACACCUUCCCGAGCGGCGUGAUCGGACGCGUGCCCGCACACGACCCCGAUGUCACCGACCGCCUCCACUACACCUUCGACCGCGGUAACGAGCUGCACCUGCUGCUGCUCAACCACACCAGCGGGGAGCUGCGCCUCAGCCGCAAGCUGGACAACAACCGGCCGCUGGUCGCCCCCAUGCAGAUCACCGUCACCGAUGGUGUGCACAGUGUGUCGGCGCAGUGUGUGCUGCGUGUGUUGAUCAUCACGGAGGACAUGUUGAGCAGCAGUGUGACGGUGCGUCUGCAGAACAUGUCCCAGGAGCUCUUCCUGUCGCGCUGAUGGCGCGCACUUGUGGGCGUGGCCGGUGCUGGCUUACGUCACGCCGCGGGGCGUGUUGGUAUUCAGCGUGCGGCGGACGUGGGCGGCGGCGUGCGCGUGUCCUUCUCGGCCGCGCUCCCCGGUGGACAGUACUUCCCCUCCGAGGCCCUGGAGGAGCAGCUCUACCUCAACCGGCCCCGACUCAAUGAGCUGGUCCACAUGGAGGUAGCACACACACACACACACACACACACACACACACACACACACACCGGCCCCGACUCAAUGAGCUGGUCCACAUGGAGUGUGUGGUCCUCAGGUGAGCGCUGUGAGUGGGACAGGCGUGCAGGGCGCUGUGUAGUGGGGGUGUGCCGUAAUGGCGGGACGUGUCGUGAGCUGAGUGGCGGGGGGUUCCGCUGUGAGUGCCCAGCGGGCGGCUUCGAGAGGCCCUACUGCUCCAUCAGUGCACUCUCCUUCGCCCCCAAAUCCUUCAUCAUGUUCAGGGGCCUGCGCCAGAGGUUCCACCUCACCAUCUCACUCUCGUUUGCCACUCUGGAGAGCAGUGGCCUGCUGUUCUAUAAUGGACGUUUUAAUGAGAAGCACGACUUCCUAGCCCUGGAGAUAAUUGAUGGACAGGUGGUGCUAAAAUACUCCACAGGUGAAUCAUCCACUCAGGUGAGCCCGUUUGUGCCAGGGGGAGUGAGUGAUGGUGACUGGCACACUGUCCACAUCCACUACUAUAACAAGCCCAAGCGUGGUGUGAGUGGUGUGGUGGAGGGUCCGUCUGAUGAGAAGGUGGCGGUGGUGAGUGUAGAUGACUGUGACACGGCGGUGGCUCUGCGCUUUGGCUCCCAGCUCGGCAACUACAGCUGCGCUGCACAAGGCCGACAGAGCAGCUCCAAGAAGUCCCUGGACCUCACUGGACCGCUGUUUCUGGGCGGAGUCCCCAACAUGGCGGACAGCUUCCCCUUAGGAACGAGGGAAUUUAUCGGCUGCAUGAAGGACCUGCACAUUGAUAACAAGCUGCUGGAUCUGGCUGGCUCCAUUGCUAAAAAUAACACACUGCCAGGCUGCAGUGCGAAGCAUCCCUUCUGCAAGUCGAGCCCCUGUCAGAAUGGAGGCACCUGCCGCGUGAGCUGGGAGACCUUCGCGUGUGACUGCCCCCUAGGGUACGGAGGCAAGGACUGCAGCCACGUGAUGCCCCACCCACACCGUUUCCUGGGAAACAGCGCCCUGUGGUGGGACCUAAAGAAUGACGUCACCAUCUCCGCGCCCUGGUACCUGGGGCUGGUGUUCCGCACCCGUGCCAAAGAGGGGGUCCUGCUGCAUGCCCAGGCUGAGCAGUACACCAGCCUCAUAUUCCAGCUGAUUGCUGGGCGACUGGUGUUUCUGGUGUCGCGCGGCUCCACCCGUCCCGUGCGUCUGAGUCUGGACGGCGUGCAGGUGUGUGACGGCCGCUGGCACGACCUGCAGAUGGAACUGAGAGAUGUGCGGAGUGGCCGCGAGACGCGCUACGUCGCCACGCUCCGCCUUGACUUCGGCCUUUACCAGGGGACGGUGAUAGUGGGCAAUGAGAUUCAUAAUCUGAAAGUGAAGCACCUGCAUGUGGGCGGAGUCUUGGGCUCUGGAGAGGUGCAGAGCGGAAUACGAGGCUGCAUUCAGGGAGUGCGCCUGGGUGUGCGUCCAGAUUCCCCGCCUUUGCCUCGGCCGUCACGCGCAGUGAAGGUGGAGGUGGGCUGUAGCGUUGGAAAUGCCUGUGCCUCCUCCUGCCCUGCCCAUAGCAGCUGCUCUGACCAGUGGGAGAAGCACAGCUGUAUCUGUGAGCCAGGAUUCUAUGGUAAGAGCUGCAUAGAUGCGUGCAAGCUGAACCCAUGUGAGAAUGAAGCUCAGUGCCACAGAAAGCCCAACUCCUCCCAUGGCUACGUGUGUGACUGUGGAGACAACCACUACGGACAAUACUGCCAGCACAGGAUUGAGCAGCAGUGUCCACGGGGCUGGUGGGGGAGUCCUACGUGUGGCCCCUGCCACUGUGACACCAGCAAAGGCUUUGAUCCUGACUGCAACAAGACCAGCGGCCAGUGCCACUGCAAGGAGUUCCAUUUCCGUCGGCGGAGCAGUGACACCUGCUUGCCAUGCGACUGCUACCCAGUGGGCUCCUUCUCGCGCUCAUGUGACCUGGAGAGCGGUCAGUGCCAGUGUCGCUCAGGAGUGAUCGGCCGCCAGUGCAACCUGUGUGACAACCCCUUCGCCGAGGUCACCCAGACGGGCUGUGAAGUGAUAUACGACGGUUGUCCUAAGACCAUUACUCUGGGGAUUUGGUGGCCCAGGACUAAAUUUGGUCUGCCCGCGGUAGUGCCCUGUCCCAGAGGCUCAGUUGGAGCUGCUAUUCGUCACUGUGAUGUGGAGAGAGGCUGGCUCGAACCAGAUCUGUACAACUGUACCUCUCCUCCAUUUGUGGAGCUCAACACUGCACUGGAGGCUGUGGAGCGGAACGAGACUGAGCUCAACACCAUCGUUGAGAAGAAACUGGCACAUCAGCUGCGCGAUGUCACUGAGGCCACCACUCGUUUCUAUGGCAACGACCUGCAGAUUGGCGAGCGCCUCUUGUCCCGGCUCCUGACCUUUGAGACGCUCCAGACAGGCUUUGGGCUCACCGCCACUCAGGAUGCACACUUCAAUGAGAAUAUGCUGCGAGGCUGCAGUGCUUUGAUUGGUCCAAGCAGUGCGGGGUUAUGGAGAGGGCAGGGCUUGCAGGCCCAGGGAGCCUCCAUAUUGGCUGAGUUGCUGGACCAGUACGCACGCACGCUCGCCAUGAACAUGAAGCAGACCUAUCUGAACCCUGUGGCUUUGGUGGCCCCCAAUAUAGUGAUGACUCUGGACCGUUUGGAGAAUCACACACAUGUGCGAAGGCGGUUUCCACGGUACCAUAACACUAUGUUCCGUGGCCAGCCGCUCUGGGACCCUCACACACACGUGAUGCUACCCCCAUCUGCCCUGGUACCUCAGCGACACUCUUAUCUUUCUCCGGCUCCGCCUCCUCCCACCGCUGGGAACGCUGUGACCAAUCAGAGCUCUGAGGCGGCCUCUGCACGCCGAUCUGCUACGCUGCCUGAUCCACCAAUCACCAUCGUCAUCCUGCUAAUCUACAGAAGUCUGGGAGCAGCCCUCCCUUCCAAAUACCACACGGACCGCAGAGGCGUCAGGCUACCGCGGCACCCAGUGAUGAACUCUCCAGUGGUGAGUGUGAGUGUGUUCAACAACCAGUCGUUUGUGGAGGGCUCUCUGGAAUCCCCCCUCUUCCUGGAGUUCCGCCUGCUGGAGACGGCCAACCGCAGCAAGCCCCUCUGUGUGCAGUGGAACCAUAGCACCUCCUCAUGCAAUGGAGGCUGUUGGCUGGUGAGGGACUGUAGUGUGGUCUAUAGGAACAUGUCUCAUGUUCGCUGUCAGUGCCAAAGACUGGGGACGUUUGGAGUGCUGAUGGACAGCUCCCAACGAGAGCAGUUGGAGGGUGAUCUGGAAAUGCUUGCGGUGGUGACCUACACAGCCAUCUGCAUGUCCAUGGUGGCGCUGCUGGUGACUGUUAUGGUGUUGUCCUGCUUACGAGGCCUCAAGUCCAACACCCGCAGUAUUCAUGCCAACAUGGCUGCUGCCACACUGCUCUCACAACUCACCUAUCUGCUGGGCAUCAACCAGACUGAGCAUCAGUUUUUGUGCACAGUAGUGGCUAUCCUGCUGCAUUACUUCUUCAUGGUGGUGUUCGCCUGGCUGUUUGUGGAGGCUCUGCACGUGUACCGCAUGCAGACAGAGGUCAGGAACAUCAACUACGGCGCCAUGAGGUUCUACUACGCCAUUGGCUGGGGGGUGCCUGCCAUCAUCACAGGUCUGGCUGUGGGACUGGACCCAGAGGGUUACGGGAACCCAGACUUCUGCUGGAUGUCCAUGUAUGACAAACUGAUCUGGAGCUUCGCAGGGCCCAUUGUCAUCGUCAUCCUGCUGAAUGGAGGGCUGUUUGUGAUGGUGGUACGCAUUAUCUGUAAUCCCUCUCAGAAGGAGACCAAGAAGCUGCCCAUCAUUGCCACUAUCCGCAGUGCCUUCCUGUUGCUUCUGCUGUCUGCCUGUACGUGGUUCUUUGGUCUGAUGGCUGUGAACAACAGCAUCCUGGCCUUCCAUUACCUCUUCUGCAUCCUCUGCAGCAUCCAGGGGUUGGCAGUGCUGCUGGUGUUCACUGCGCUGAACUCUGAGGUGCAGGAGGCAUGGCGUCUGGUGUGUCUGGGGAAGAAGGGUCCAAGUGAAGAUCCCCCUCGAGCCACACAGACAACUGGUCAGACUCCAUUUAACGGCGCCUCCCUGCUGGAACAGAGUGGACUACACCGCAUUACACUGGGGACCUCCACCAUCUCCUCAGUCAGCAGCGCACGAGAGAAUCUUCUGGCACGGCAGACCCUUGAACACACUCUGGGACACACACACACAGGUGCCACAGACCUGGAUGUGGCCAUGUUCCACAGAGAUGGAGGUGAGGACUCGGACUCUGAUUCCGAUCUCUCUCUGGAGGAGGAGCGCAGUCUGUCCAUCCCCUCCUCUGAGAGUGAGGACAACGUGCGUCUCCGUGGUCGCAUCCAGCGCCGCUUCAAGCGCUCCAAUCACAGCGAGAGGCUGCUCACAGAACCGGUCCAGAACGGCACCAAAGACCUGGAUGGGAAUGACCUGAUGUCCUAUUGGCCCGCUCUGGAGGAGUGCGAGGUCCACUCUCUGCAGAAGUGGGGCUCUGAACGUCCCUUGGGGGGGGCUGACUACAACAAGGACGCAGCCAACAACAACCAGCCUGACGCAGCUCUCACCAGUGGAGACGAGAACGGCCUCACACCCUCACAGAGACACCGCAAGGGUAUUCUGAAGAACCGUAUGGGCUGUCCCCCAGCGUUACAGGGCCUGUCGUCCGUCGGCAGGGUCCCGAGUGAGCUGUCCUGGUACCGCACGUCCACUCUGGGCCACCGCGGUGUGCCGGCCGCCUCGUACGGCCGCAUGUGCUCGGGCUCGCUGUCCCAGCCGGCCUCGCGCCACUCAUCGCGGGAGCACCUGGACUCGCUGGCCCGCCGCCAGCGCUCCCGCGACAACCUGGACCUGCUGCCACGGCGACGCGAGCUGGGCGGCUCCCGCGAGCGCCUGGGCCCGACCCACAGCGCUCACGCCUCGCGCGAGGACCUGGCCGGCCCGCCGCUGGACGCCGGCCUGUCCGGCUCGCGCUCGCACCUCGGGGCGCUGACGCGGCGGCAGCUGUCCCGCGAACACCUCGGGGGGGCGCUGAUGAGCAGCCGCUCGCGAGAGCAGCUGGAGACGGCUGGCGGUGGUGUCGCCGGUCCCAACGGAGCCGGACCGCCGCGGAGUGGCUCGCGACGCUGCCCCUCGCCCAGCCCCUCCCUCCUUCCUCGCCACGCCGCCCAAUCAGCGAGUGGUGCCCUCCGCCCCUGGCCUGGGCCCUCGGCGGGCCCCCAGGCCAGCAGGCCGCCCUCCAACGAGCACCUGGACAUUCUCUCCUCCAUCCUGGCCUCCUUCAGCUCCUCUGUCCUGGCCCCGCCUGCCGCCAACCCUCAGGCCACUGGCCCCUCCCCCUCCCCGCCCUCUGCCACCUCUCACAGCAUCUCUGAGGUCUCCCCCGACGCCGAAGUCAACAGAAGUGAGGGACAGUCUUGAUGACACCCUCCCCAUCCCACAAUGCUUUGCAGUGCUGAGGGACACAGAUAAGGGACGAUAUUGGUUCAAUGGAGCAGCCCACCUGGCUAGCACCCCUAAAGGACAUCAAAGGACUUGUGACUGAAUUCUACUACGGGAAGGAUCUGGCUGUGGAGUUGGAUGUGGAUGUGGAAUGGCAGGCAUGGAAUACGGAUGCCAGGGCAGAGACAGAAUAGAAUGACACAAGCUGGCCGUCACAUCUGAGCACCGUUACUCAGACUUCAUACCCAAACGCCAGAGAGCAUCAGUGAAAUAUGAAACUGUAAAUAACAUUUUUAUACAUUUUUGUAUCUUUUUCAUCGGAGAUGCUAGGAAAAGAAAUCUCUUGUGAUGUUUUUUGCAGAUUCUUGUCCAGCAAAGUGAUGAGAGACGUGUGAUUUAUCCUGUUUCAGAAAGCCCGACUCAACCUAAACCUGUCCCGAUCCACACUCUUACCCGACAUAUCAUGCACCUCUAGACUGACACACACAACACACACACAAACAUACAAAACACAACAGAAGGCUGGCUACGUAUAUAACAGGGACAAGGACUGGUGUGAUUUAUGAGAAUCCUGCCACGGAGAAGUGGUUUGUGGGGCGAGAGGAGCGAUUUCUAUAAAGUGUAAUGGAGGGGUAGGGGUUGGUCAGACCUGUGAUUGUAAAAUGAGAUUAUGAGAAGCCGGUGGCAGUGGUGGGAUGUAGAGGUACCGAGGUCCACUUGGUCCUGAUCCGGGUGGAUGUAUAACGGUGGAGCACAGGAAGAUCGUCUGAUUGCAGUUGUUGUUGCAGUCUUUAGAGCAGGGAAAGCAGUUUAGCGUGCUGCAUAAUCUCCACCUCUCACCACAGCCGGCCAGUCCUCCACAUGAGCGACACAUGAGGCGGCCAGUCCUCCACAUGAGCGACACAUGAGGCGGCCAGUCCUCCACAUGAGCGUGGGACAGAGUGGAGGUAGCAUGAGAUGUGAAGAAAGAAAGGGAGAAUAAAUGACCAAGACACACGGAUACACACACCGACACACACACACGGACACACACACACGACACACACACACCGACACACACACGGACACACACAC